AUGACUUAUGUCCGCAACUACGAGAGACCAGACUUAUUUGUUACUUUUACGUGUAACCCCGAAUGGCCUGAAAUUAAAGUAGAACUAUUAACUGGACAGCGGUCUUUCGAUCGUCAAGACAUAAUUUCAAGGUGGCAGAAGCGGGGUUUACCUCACUGUCGUUUGCUGUUUUGGCUAGAAAGAAAAAUACAACCAGACGAAAUUGAUAGUUUCAUAUUUGCAGAACUGCCCAACCAACAAAACGACCCGAUAUUGUACGAUAUCGUGAAUAAAAAUAUGGUGCACGGUCCAUGCGGGGAGCAUAACUUUAACAGCACCAUGUAUGAAAAACGGUAUCUGCACAAAAAAGUACCCUCGACGUUUCGUCAACGAUACCCAAAACGGAGAGGACGAAUAUCCAGUUUAUCGUCGUCGUGA